AUGGGGGAAAAGGGUGUGCCGUUGCCAAAAUUUGGUGAAUGGGACGUCAAUGAUCCAGCAUCAGCUGAGGGAUUCACUGUAAUCUUCAACAAGGCUAGGACUGAGAAAAAGGCAGGUGGAAGACCUGACUCACCAUCAAAGGAUGACCACGCAUUUAAGCACGGAGCAGUUCUUGGAAAGCCUCCAGCUCCAUAUCUUGUCCUAAUGGCUGAAAAGCUGGAGGGCUGGUUUAGGUUGAAAACAUAG